AUGGAAAGGGAACUAAAUGCUUUGAUUAAAAAGUGGAUACAGAAGGAAUAUAUUUCUAAGAAACAAUAUUUUUUCCUACAUUCCAGCGAUUCUACACUUCCAAAAGCUUAUGGUCUUCCAAAGAUUCACAAAAAGAACGUUCCUUUUAGAAUAAUAGUCUCAUCUGUCAACACGGUACUGUAUAAUCUUGCAGCUUUUCUGCAAAAAAUUUUAGUUGAUAGUUUACCAAAACCAAAGAGCCACGUCAACAACAGUUUUGAAUUGUGUACUGACCUAUCGAAAAUAAAAGUGCAGAAGUCGGAGAUUUUGAUCUCAUUGGACGCGGUAUCACUGUUUACGAAUAUUCCAUCUGAAUUGAUCGUGGAGGUGGCCGACAUUGUUAUGAAAGAUUUGGAGAAAAGGGUUUUGGGCGCAUUGGACUUCCAUCUAUCGUUUUACAAGCGCUAUGUGGACGACAUUGUUAUGAAGAUCCCUAAGGAUAACGUUCAGGAUGUUCUGGAUCACUUUAAUAGUUAUCAUGAUAGACUUAAUUUUACAAUAAAGUACGAAAAUAAUGGCCGUUUUAGCUUUCUGGAUUUGAUGUUGAUU